CCUUUGUCGUCUCCUUUCUCGGCGCCUUCCUCUUCCGAUUCCCACCCCUCCAUAGUCUCCUCUCUCUCUCUCUCUCUCUCUCUCUCUCUCUCUCUCUCUCUAGAGCGGAGUUGGAGCGAGAGAGAUGGAGACGGUGGAUCCGAGGACGAUGGGGAACGGGGUCUCGAGGAUCGCUGGAUUGGGAGGUAAGGGGAAGUAUAGAAGAAUGGAUGCGCCCAUCGCAGAAGAAGAAGAAGAGAUCGACGAAGGAGGAGGAGGAGCGGGAGCUAUGGCGAAGGGGAUGCGUACAAGCGAGAGUAGGAGAUACGUGUUCGCUUGCGCCGUGUUCGCCUCUCUCAACUCGGUUCUUCUCGGUUAUGAUGUCGGUGUUAUGAGUGGCUGCAUUCUUUUCAUUCAGCGCGAUCUGCACAUAACAGAAGUACAACAAGAAGUCUUAGUUGGUAUUUUAAGUUUUAUUUCUCUUUUGGGUAGCUUAGCUGGAGGAAGAACCGCCGAUGCUCUUGGGCGAAAAUGGACCAUCGGAUUAGCUGCCAUUGUUUUCCAAAUCGGCGCUGCUGUAAUGACUUUCGCUCCCUCUUUUCUAGUACUAAUGAUAGGCAGAUUGUUAGCAGGAAUCGGAAUAGGGUUCGGAGUUAUGAUCGCCCCAGUAUACAUUGCGGAGAUAUCCCCCGCUGUUGCCCGUGGCUCUUUUACUUCUUUUCCUGAGAUCUUCAUAAAUCUUGGUAUCCUUCUCGGCUACGUUUCAAAUUACGCAUUUUCAGGCCUCUCGGAACACAUAAAUUGGAGAGUUAUGCUUGCUGUAGGAAUCGUCCCUUCAGUUUUCAUUGCCUUUGCGCUGUUCGCGAUUCCAGAGUCUCCUAGGUGGCUGGUUAUGCAAAAAAGGGUCGAAGAAGCACGAGAAGUGCUUCUGAAGAUAAGUGAUAAUGAGGAAGAAGUUAAAUUGAGGCUGGCUGAGAUAGAGGAAGCAGCUGGACUUACAAAUGCCGAAAAGUAUGACGGAAAGAGUGUGUGGAAAGAGAUCCUUAGGCCUUCGCCUGUUCUUGGUCGAAUGCUAAUUACCGGGUUAGGCAUUCAGUGCUUCCAACAAAUAACAGGUAUCGAUGCUUCUGUUUAUUACAGUCCGACCAUAUUCAGAGACGCGGGGAUUAAAUCCGAUUCACAGCUUCUUGCCGCAACUGUUGCGGUUGGCUUUACUAAAACUGUUUUCAUCUUGGUUGCGAUCGUUCUAAUUGAUAGAGUUGGUAGGAAGCCAUUAUUGUACAUUAGCACGGUCGGCAUGACCAUCUGUUUGUUUGGAUUGAGCCUCUCUCUCACUUUGCUAGAGCACGAAUUGGUCUCGAGAGGAGUUGGAAUUGGGAUUGCGGUACUGGCAGUUUGUGGGAAUGUAGCAUUCUUCUCAGUUGGUAUUGGUCCGAUUUGCUGGGUGGUGACUUCGGAAAUCUAUCCUCUUAAGGUUAGGGCUCAAGCAGCGGGUCUUGGAGCCGUAGGGAAUAGGGUUAGCAGCGGCUUAGUUGCAAUGUCCUUUUUAUCGAUAUCCCAUGCCAUUUCCGUGGCGGGAACUUUCUUUAUCUUCUCGGUCCUCUCGGCUCUUUCUGUGAUAUUUGUAUACAUGUUUGUUCCUGAAACAAAAGGGAAGUCCUUGGAAGAGAUUGAGAUGUUAUUUGGAAACGAAAGGGAAUGGCAAGGAGGAGAAUUGGAGCUUGGUGAUGUGGAGCAUCUGGUACAGAAGGAAUAACCUGGAUUAUUGCGGGUUAUUUUCCUCUGCGACUCGACAAAUUUUUUUCCAUGGAGGUGCGAAAUUGUUCCAUCUCAUUAGGAUACACCAUGGUCAAUUUUUUUCGUACUAUGAAGCAACCUUACUGCUUGUGUACUCUUUGAGGCCAUGAAAUAUACAUAGUUUCAUGUGUAACCAUCAUCUAUUCAGGAUUUAAGAUCCGUGAGAAAUACACGCAAAUAAUUUAAAUGAAAA